AUGUCUACUCGGCAAGCAUCUAGCGAAGUUGACGAACUCCUCAACCUUGAACCCAAGCGCAAAGUGGUUGAUCCCUCCCAAUGGGCAGUUGCGGCACCUUGCAGUAGCGAACAAUUCAAGACCAGAAGGCAGCAGGGCAAGCCCAUUGCUCGAGAAUGGAACCAUUAUCUAAGUUCGGAGUCUAUGAGUCGGACGGGAUCGACCCUUAAAAGCGCCUUUAAACACCUCAAAAACCCCAGUGUGAUCUCCUUGGGAGGGGGGCUCCCUCUGAGUGAUUACUUUCCAUUCGAGAGUCUAUCUUUGACCAUCUCCUCACCCGAGAAACCGAAUCCCAAGAACAGUGAUUCGAAUGGCGCAAAUUCUCCCCUGCACGCUUCAAAGUGCGAUAUCAGCCAAGGCCGUAGCAUUUACGACCUUUCAGUGGCAUUGAAUUAUAGCCAGGGAAGCGGGUCAGCCCAGUUUCUGAGAUGGAUCACAGAGCACACGGAGAUAGUACACGAUCCUCCUUACGCUGAUUGGCAAUGUACAAUGACGGUCGGGAACACAUCAGCCUUGGAUAUGGCUUUGCGCAUGUUUACUCAGCCUGGAGACUGCGUUUUGUCGGAUGAGUACACCUUCGCAACAGCGAUGGAAACGGCAAAACCGAUGGGUGUCAAGUUCGAAGGCGUGAAAAUGGACAAGGAAGGCAUGCGACCGGACAGCCUCUGUCAGAUACUUGAGGGAUGGGAUCGGAACGUGCAUGGAGGUUCCCGGAAACCUUUCUUACUAUACGCAAUCCCCACGGGCCAGAAUCCGACGGGCGCAACACAGAGCCUAGAACGUCGCCGAGACAUUUACCGCAUAGCCCAAGAACACGAUCUCAUCAUUUUGGAAGACGACCCAUACUACUUUCUGCAGAUGAAUCCUUUCUCGGCGGCAGAAACCCGAGACUCAACGAGACUCGGUCCCCAGACACCAGCAGAACUGCUUAAGGUCCUCGUACCGUCGUAUCUUUCCAUCGAUACCGACGGACGGGUGGUUCGCAUGGACUCCUUUAGCAAGGUAGUCAGCCCGGGAAUCCGGUUAGGAUGGCUCACCGCGCCCCAACAGGUGAUCGAGCAAUACAAGAACCACACCGACGUUUCAACUCAAGGUCCCGGUGGCUUGAGUCAGCUGGCGCUGUUCAAACUUCUAGAUGAGCACUGGGGACACGCUGGAUAUUUGGAAUGGCUCACGCACAUUCGCAACGAAUACACAGAUCGGCGAGACUUUAUGAUACGGGCUUGCGAGCGCUAUCUACCGAGUGUAAUUACUAGUUGGGAGCCUGCUCAGGCUGGCAUGUUUCAAUGGCUGGCAGUAGAUUGGACAAAGCACCCCGACGCAAAUAUCAAAUCUGCCCUACAGAUAGAGGAGGAGAUUUGGCUUAAAGCCAUCUCAAAUGGAGCGCUCGUGGCCUGCGGCAGUUGGUUCAGUGCCACAGGAGACUCCACUUGCAAUGAAGUCUUUUAUAGGACAACUUUCGCAGCGGCAUCGUUAGACCAAAUUGAGGAGGCUGUGAUGCGCUUUGGGGAAGCUUUGAAAACAUGUUUCCAUCUGUUGGAUACGGUCGAAUGA